CAGAAUGCAAAGUAUGGCGAAAUCCACUAAAUUUAUUUAGGGGUGCUGAAUAUAAUCGGUAUACUUGGGUGACAGGACGAGAGCCUUUGACUUACUAUGACAUGAAUCUCUCUGCCCAAGACCACCAGACAUUCUUUACUUGUGACUCAGACCACCUGCGUCCUGCAGAUGCAAUAAUGCAGAAAGCCUGGAGAGAAAGAAACCCCCAAGCUAGAAUUUCUGCAGCUCAUGAAGCCUUAGAGAUAAACGAGUGUGCGACUGCUUAUAUUCUCUUGGCUGAAGAGGAAGCAACAACAAUUGCGGAAGCAGAAAAGCUGUUCAAGCAGGCCCUGAAGGCUGGAGACGGCUGUUACCGGCGUUCUCAGCAGCUACAGCAUCAUGGAUCCCAGUAUGAAGCCCAACAUAGACGAGAUACUAAUGUCUUGGUCUACAUCAAAAGAAGGCUAGCAAUGUGUGCCAGAAGACUCGGGAGGACCAGGGAAGCAGUGAAAAUGAUGAGAGAUUUAAUGAAGGAGUUCCCCUUGCUGAGCAUGUUCAACAUCCAUGAAAACCUUUUAGAAGCUCUUCUGGAACUACAAGCGUAUGCUGAUGUUCAGGCCGUCUUAGCAAAGUAUGAUGAUAUAAGCUUACCAAAGUCGGCAACAAUAUGCUAUACAGCUGCCUUGCUCAAAGCAAGGGCUGUCUCUGACAAAUUCUCUCCCGAGGCUGCAUCUCGGCGGGGGCUGAGCACAGCAGAGAUGAAUGCAGUAGAGGCCAUUCAUAGAGCUGUGGAAUUCAAUCCUCACGUGCCAAAAUACCUCCUAGAAAUGAAAAGCUUAAUCCUCCCCCCAGAACAUAUCCUGAAGCGAGGGGACAGUGAAGCAAUAGCGUAUGCGUUCUUUCAUCUGGCACACUGGAAGAGGGUGGAAGGGGCUUUGAAUCUUUUGCAUUGUACAUGGGAAGGCACUUUUCGGAUGAUCCCUUAUCCCUUGGAAAAGGGGCAUCUGUUUUAUCCUUACCCAAUCUGUACAGAAACAGCAGAUCGAGAGCUGCUUCCGUCGUUCCAUGAAGUCUCAGUUUACCCAAAGAAGGAGCUUCCCUUCUUCAUUCUCUUUACUGCUGGAUUGUGUUCCUUCACAGCCAUGCUGGCCCUCCUGACACAUCAGUUCCCAGAACUUAUGGGGGUCUUCGCAAAAGCUAUGAUUGACAUUUUCUGCUCGGCAGAGCUCAGGGACUGGAAUUGCCAGAGUAUUUUCAUGCGUGUUGAAGAUGAACUGGAAAUCCCACCGGCACCUCAAUCUCAACAUUUCCAAAACUGAACUCAUCACCCUCCUUUCCCACCACCAAAACCACUCCUCCUGUAUUCCUGACCUCCGCCCAUGGCACUGCCAUCCGCCCGGUUACUCAAGCCAGAAAUGCAGCAGCCCUCCCGAGCUCCUCUCUCUCACUCCCCACAUCCUACCUGUCUCGGCCUCCACAGCAUGUCGGGUCUAACCUCCUAAACCACUGGGCGUUCAGUAAAUGUAAUUCACCUCUUCUUCCCCUCCUUCACUCCCCAUGGCCUCCUUCUCUUCAUUUAGGUCUUGUUUUUUCUUGCUUGGACUCCUCUGCAAGAGUCUUAACUGGUCUCCUGGCUUCCAGGUUCAUCCCCUGCCAGGCUUUCUCUCAUACUGACACAAGAAUGAUCUUUCCAAAUUGCAAGUCUGAGCAUGUCACUUCCCUGCUUGAAUUUCUCCAGAGGUUUCCCACAGACUUCAGGAUAAAGUCUCAGCUCCUUAGCAUGGUAUGCAAGGCCCUUCAUGAUCUGGUCUUGCUUGCCUCUGCAGCCUCAUCUCUCCCAACUCUUGCACAGACACUGCUCUUAGGCCAUAGUGAAUUACUCACCACUCCCAGAUGCAUAGGCUCUUGUACACCCCAGUGCCUUUGCACGUGCUGUUUGCUGUGCAUGGAAUGCCCUUCCCCGUCACCACCCCAGCUUGUCCACUCUACUAACUGCUCUUCCUUCUUUUAUACUCAGCUUUCUUUCUGAGUUUCUCCUAAGCUGAGUUAGAGGUCUCUCUUCUGUGAUUCCACAGUAUUCCAUGAAUACCAACAUUAUCACAUUUAUUGUACUAUAUUAUAAUUGUUGAAAACUUGUCUGUCCCCCUUUUAGAAUGUGAGCUCCUUGAGAGCAGGACUGUGUCUUCCUCUGUAUCCCCAAAGCUUUGCACAGCACCUUGCACAUAGUAGGUUUUCAAUAAAUGAUUAUUAAAUAAAUAAAUGGUAGUGGUUUCUGCAGAAAGAAUCAAUGUAAAAAUCAGGUACAGUUUAGCAUUUCUCCUCCUCUUUUGUAAUUAUAGUCAUGGACUCUUAGAGUUGAAAAGGACCUUAAACAAAUUGCCUUCAGCAGUAAUGUGAUGGAGGUCAUCUAGACUCUUCUUGAAUACUCUCAAUGAUGGGGAACUCACCUACUUAACAUCAAAGCCCAUUUCAUUGUCCACUCUACUUCUUGCUUGGACUCCUCUGCAAGAGUCUUAACUGGUCUCCUGGCUCAGAUGUCUUCUUUACACAAUAAAAUCUGCCUCCCUCUAAUAUGCACCUGUUGUUCCUGUUCUGCCCUCCAAAACUAUACUCAACAAGUCUCCUCCUUUUUGUAAAUUCUUAUGACAACUAAUAUAUUCAUGGCCACCUCUAACCUCUGACUAUUGGUAGAACAUCUCAAAUUUCCUUAAGUCUUCUGUACAUACCGUGAUUUUUAAACCCAGGAUGCUCUCUAGUUUAUGGACCUCUACUAUUCAUUAUUAUACCCCCAAGCCAACCUCUGAGUAAAAAUAGUUGCCAAAAUUCUGAAUAGAUUAGAGUUUAACUUAGUAAAAUUUAAAACAGGAAUAUAUUUACAACAUUAGACAAUUAUUCUUCCUCCUUUAAAUGUUCCUCUCUUAAACAGUUUUUAAAGCAUUUUUGUCCAAGUAUGUCAUUUUUCCAUUAUUCUUCAUUAAACAAGCAAUUAACACUUGGUGGGAGUUUCGGAUCAGAACAGACCUUUACAUAAAAUUCAUUUGGCCCCACCACCAGAAAUUCAGAAUCUUGAGUGUUAGCACCCAGAAAUCUGUGUUUUUAACAAGGAUUCCAGCAGGUUCUGAGGAUAGGGGUUGAGGGCUGUAUGUGCUGCUAAGGACCUGGUCUGGAGCAAGCCGAGCGUUUGAGCGGCCACUUGCCGGAAUGGGGCGCACUGCCGGAGCCGUUGAGGUGAACACUUUCUAGGCAUCAGAGGUUUCCCCCUGGCUGCACCUUGGAAUGCCCUCAGGGGGCCUCCGAGUGACUGGUGGCUGCCCCCCUUCCCCCUUGGGGGAUGCUGACUUCCGCAGCCUGGGGUACAGCCUGGGCAUCCGAGUUUUCAGGCGAUUCAGGUGUGCCAGGGCUGCGACCACCACACUGAAUGGAAGGACGAAUUGCCCGAUUGGGUCUUCUCUAGGAAAGGCUCCACUGCCUCCAGAAUUUCAGAGCGAUGUGUCCAUUAGGGAUCAUGUCAUGUUUCCAAAGCUUUGGUUUUGAGUCUAGAUCAGCUGAUUGAAUAAAAUAAUCAAUUUGCCUUACGGCCCUCAUUGCUUCUACUCUGCCAGGGUGUGGUUGUUUGGUCAGCUACUCAUAAUUUCCAAAUAUAGUUUAGAUAAAUUUGCUUUUAAACCUCUGUCUGGAAGAUCACAUUCAUCUUGCCCUUCCUGAAGGUUUAACAGUUUUCAAAAUGUCUAGAGAGCCUUCGUGGGGAAGGAAGAUGGAUGGCCUGAAGGAGACAGGCCCCAUCCCUCUCCUGCCCACCCUCUCCCCAGAGUCUUCCCCAAGUUUUCACCCGUCACUGCCGCAGGCCUUUCGAGAAGCCCCCUGCAGGUUAUCACCGCCACCCCAUAGGCUGCCCACAGCCAUUUGCAGCUUGUGAAAAUGACUUUCUCAGGCCUCGUGGAGAUAAUGUCCCUGGGAUAAUGACUCGUAGGAGAUGCAGAGAGAUUGCACUGCCACCCCCCAGGCUGCAUGCAGCUUGGGAACUCUCCAGUCUGUUUAUAUGUUGAUACGCAGCCAGUAAGGAAGCCCACAGCUAAGCGUGAGCCACUGGAGAAUAGUAAAAUGAGCAGCUUCAACUGGCUUCUCCCCCCCACUAAUCUAAUCUACCUCCAUGACUUAAGACUAACUCUUCCUCGAAUGUUUGGCUACCAAGAUAAGGUUGCUCAUAUAAAGAAGUUAUCGUUUCAAACCCAGCCCCUCGCAGAAUGUGGGAAGGUCAGCAUUCUGACCCCGUCAGCUUUGAAGGGCUCUGUCUUUCCUCCUCUGAUCUCUCUCCUUCACGGAGACUGAGCCCCCUGACUUCUGACUCUCGUCUUCACUUAUAGGCCUUGACCUCUUUGAAGUCUGAUAUUGAUUAUAGUGAAAUGUCAAUUGUCUGAUUGCAAUAGGGCACCUGGAACUUAUUCAGAUAAGCAGAGGCAUUUUGAAUGUUAACGAAGCAUGUUGGGAGCCAUGACCUUCUCCUAAAUAAUGGUGUUUCAGGAAAAGGAGGACCAGGCGAUUGAAGUGUCACUCUCUCUUUUUUAUUAGUCCAGUUGCCUUUUCUCACCCUAAGGCACUGAUUGAAUCACGGUGCGUCUUGGACCGUGUAUCUCUGCCCUCUGGACAGAAGUUGUGGACAUUGAGAUAGAUGAGCUGUUCCCGGGCUGCCUGGUCUUGCUCAUUCAGACUUCACUUUUCAGGCAAUAAAUUUCCCAGGUCUGUGAGUGAAACUGCUGUUUCUCUGUGCAUUGGUUGAGUCUCUGGCCCAAAAGUAUUGACUGAUUUUCAAACAUGCAAAGAAGUAUAAAUGAACAUCCUAAGCAAGGCACAUUCCACCAAACAUUUUUUUUUUUAAUACCUUCUGAUGAAAGCCACUAACCUUUAUCUGGUUGCUAAAUGAGAGGGCUUAUGGGCUUCAGAUGCCUCAUUGCAUUGUCUGCUUCUUCCCUGUGGGUGAGGGAUGAGGAAGAGGAUGCAGGGAGGGGUGCUAAGGAGGAAGGUAGCUUACUAAUAAAAGGUGCAUAUCUCAACUCGGGUGCUGCAAGAGAAUUAGGAUCUUUAGGAAAAGUUUCUGGGGAUUCUUUUCUCGAUUCUCCCAAGGACAAAACACUCUAGAUGUGAGGGAGAACAGUACAUUGUCGCAUUUAUUAGAGGUGUUAGGACUUACUUCCUUUGUGGAACCUUGUUGAGAAGUGCACGUGAAGUCCAAGGAGGCAGGGCCCGCUGUGACUUGUUGGGCAGUAUGGGAAGAGGGGCAACUGCAGACAUCAAACAGGGCUAGAGAUUCCCCUCUUGAUUUUCAGAGGCCUCACUUUUGUUCUUUUUAUGCAAGUCAGGUCAGUGCCCAAAACAAAGCAAACAAACAGGCCUUAUUUUGAACCAACUUUGUAACGACCUCUCCAUUCAUUCUGCUUCCCAAGUUGAGGCUCCCUGAUGUCCCCACAUGUAGUGAAUGAAAUUGCACAGAAUACAGACUUGGAGCGAUGCCUUUCAUCUAACUGCAGGGGCUCAGGCUAAUUCGGUAGUUCCUUACCCACUCCAUCACAGCUGCGAUGGUUCUGAAUCUGUUUUAGGUCAAGUCUUUAGGAUAUAAUAACUCCACCAGCAAUAUCGCCUUGUUCAGUGAGCCCAAUCUGCAACCCCUGUCAGAAUCUCUGAUUUAUCCAGACUACUAUAGCACCUACCUUCUCUUUAUAGAACUAGGCAAAUGCUGUGUUUUAUGGAGCCUUGGUAGUCUCUGAUUACAAACAAACAAAAUCUCAUAACUAGGAUUUUAAUAAACAAGCAAUCUUCUCAUAACUAGGUUUACAAACUUUCUCAAUAAGCAGCUUGGGCAGUAAUUAUUCAUUUCUGGGCGAUAGGGUGAGCAUCCCAUGUGGUUCUGUGCACACAACAAAGGACAAUUUCAGGUUACCAGAAAUUGACACAUAUCUAACACCCACUUGGCGAAAGAGCCAUCCACAUUUGCUCAAGUACUAACAUGGCUGCCUAUUUCUUUUUAAAGAUUUUAUUUAUUUAUUUGACAGAUUGAUAGC